AUGAAGACGGAAUUCAAGUUUUCAAACCUCUUGGGUACUGUCUACCGUCAAGGCAACCUUGUCUUCACACCGGACGGCAACUCUCUGCUCUCACCAGUCGGCAAUCGUAUCACUGUGUUUAAUUUAACAAAGAACACUAGUUACACCUUCCCCUUCGCCCACCGAAAGAACAUUACCCACCUCGAUCUUUCCCCAGAUGGAAACCUCCUCCUCACUAUUGACGAAGAUGGCCGCGCAAUACUAUCUAUCUUCUCCAGAAGAAUCGCGAUAUACCAUUUCUCCUUUAAGUCGCCGGUAACAUCAUUGGCGUUUGCUCCAGACGGUCGUCAUUUCGUGGUGGGGAUUGGCAGAAAGAUUCAGGCAUGGCGGACACCUUCCACCCCCGGCGGAAAUGCUGACGGGGACCUCGAAUUCGCGCCAUUCAUUCUUCAUCGCGAAUACGGAGGCCACUUUGACGAUGUCAGACAUUUGAGUUGGUCGGGCGACUCACGGUUCUUCCUCAGUGCAUCCAAGGACCUUACCGCACGCAUAUGGAGUUUGGACCCAGAGGAAGGGUUCGAGCCGACGGUCCUCUCAGGCCAUAGACAGCAAGUCAGGGGCGUCUGGUUCUCCGCCGACCAGGAGUCUAUCUUCACAAUAAGCGAAGACGGGGCGCUUUUCCGCUGGGAAUAUAUGGCCAGCCAGCAAGCCGACAACGACGAGUCGAUAGAGCCGAUUGAUGAGAGGUGGCGAAUUGUACAGAGGGACUAUUUCAUGCAGAACGCAAAACUGAAGUGCGCUUCAUACCAUCCAUCGACCAAUUUGCUGACUGCCUGCUUCGACAAUGGCCUUUUUUCCUUGUAUGAAACUCCGUCCUUUUCGAACAUCCAUAGCCUGUCGAUGGCAUCUUCACCCAUUUCAACGGUAACCAUCAACAAAACGGGGGAAUGGCUGGCCUUCGGCUCCUCUAAGACCGGGCAAUUACUUGUAUGGGAGUAUACUUCCGAGUCAAACAUCCUCAAGCAGUCUUCUCAUCUUGACACAAUGACGACUUUGACGUAUUCUCCAGAUUCUAGUCGCAUCAUUACUGGUGCUGACGACGGGUUAAUCAAAGUUUGGGAUGUCUCAUCUGGCUUCCACAUUGCGACCUUCUCGGAACAUAACUCUGCUGUCACCGCAUCUGCAUACUCGAAACGAGGCAACAUUCUUUUUACUUCAUCUCUAGACGGGUCCGUUCGAGCAUGGGACAUGUUGAGAUAUCGAAACUUUAGGACUUUCACCGCUCCUCAAAGACUCUCCUUCUCCUGUCUAGCCGUUGACCCUUCUGCGGAGGUCGUCUGCGCCGCGUCCCACGACUCCUUUGACAUUCAUCUAUGGUCCGUGCAGACCGGAGCUCUCCUCGAUCGACUAGCAGGCCAUGAAGGACCGAUAUCGACGCUAGCGUUUACUCCAGAUGGGCGCCAUCUCGUCUCGGGGUCCUGGGAUCACACCAUACGAGUAUGGUCUGUGUUCGACCGAUCCCAGUCGUCGGAAACAUUACAACUCAUGUCGGACCUACUUUGUAUUGCAGUUCGGCCUGACUCUGCACAAAUCGCGGCUUCCACACUUGAUGGGCAGCUUACCUUUUGGAAUUUGAAUACUUCGAUACAAGAAUCUGGUUUUGACGGUCGCCGAGACGUCAGCGGAGGUCGAACAUUGACUUCCCGGCGUACAGCAGCUUCAACCCCUGGAACGAAAUCAUUCAACUCGAUUGUAUAUUCCGCGGACGGAAGCUGCCUUCUCGCAGCUGGAAACAGCAAAUACAUCUGUCUGUACUCGGUUAGCACGCUGACACUGAUCAAGAAAUUCACCAUCUCCAUCAACCUGAGUCUGGAUGGCACACAAGAAUUUUUGAAUUCAGCAGCUAUCAUGUCCAAUGGCCUUCCCAAAGACAUGCUGGAUACAGAAGGCGAGGCGAGUGACCUCGAAGAUCGCAUCGACCGUACCCUUCCAGGUGCCAAGCGUGGAAGAGAUGCGACGGCAAGGACUAUUCGUCCAGAGGUCAGGGUCGCUGAUGUCGAGUUUGCACCUACUGGAAGGAGUUUCUGCGCGGCCAGCACCGAAGGGCUCUUAAUUUACAGCCUCGACAAUGUGGGAAUGGAAGAUUUUGAUCCAUUUGAUCUCGAUAUCGACGUUACUCCGCAGAAUGUUCGAGCUAUCCUUGCCCAAGACGAGCCCGAGUAUCUCAAGGCUCUGAUCAUGGCAUUCAGACUCAACGACAAGCCUCUGCUCCGACAGGCGUACGAGGCAGUUCCAUAUGGGUCGGUGCCGUUGCUUGUCCGUGAAUUACCCAAAGUAUAUCUUGGGAAAUUGUUGAUGCUCAUUGCCCAGCAAAUGGAGAGUCACCCUCACUUGGAGUUUGCACUUCGUUGGCUGGGCGAGAUACUGAGUGUCCACGGUCGAUACAUCAAGGAGAGGCAUGGCGAAUUCGCAGCCGAGCUUCGCUCAAUCCUUCGCGGAGUUGACAGCAGAGGGAAAACAGUCCGCAGUCUCAGUGAACGGAAUGUCUUUGAGAUUGAAUUCUUGUGCCAACAGCCUAAAGGGGGCAACCAACUGAUGUCGACAAAUCUGUAUCAACACAACCACCACCCAAAUGGGGGAACGGUCAACGCUGAGGAUGGUGAGGCGGAAUGGAUUGGCUUGGAUUGA